GAAGAAGAAAGACAACAGCAGCAGAAGAAGAAGCGGCGUUAACGGAGCGAUGGCGGCGUCCAAGGUGAAGCAGGACAUGCCUCCACCCGGGGGAUACGGGCCGGUGGAUUACCGGAGAAACCUGCCCAGGAGAGGCCUGUCCGGGUACAGUAUGUUUGCUGUUGGUAUCGGGGUGAUGAUGUUCGGCUACUGGAGGCUCUGUCGCUGGAAUCGAGAGCGAAGGCGAAUGCAGAUCGAGGACCUGGAGGCCAGAAUCGCCCUCUUACCCCUGCUGCAGGCGGAGCACGACAGACAGAUGCUGCGGAUGCUGCGGGAGAAUCUGGAGGAGGAAGCCACCCUCAUGAAGGAUGUUCCUGGCUGGAAGGUGGGAGAGAACGUGUUCCACACAGAGCGCUGGGUGUCUCCUCUGCCGGAGCAGCUGUAUAACCUGCGUCCCCGUGAGGAGCUCAUCCAGAAGAAGUUCGGCUUCCAGUGGUACGUGUAGAGACUCCAGCGUUACCCACAAUCCCCUGCAGCACCACAUCACCUCUUCAUGUUGUAAAGUGUCUUUAUUAAACCUGUCUUCUCCUCUCGAA